GUCAGUAUCACUUCCCUACAUCCCGUGUAGCACCACAUCACAUGGAAAUGGAUUCUGAGAUGGAAAGAGGUGCUCAAAGCAAGCAGGAUCUCAUGGAUGAUAGUAAUAGAGGUCUGGGCUGCUGUGGGUGGAUCAUUGUGAUAAUAUCUGCUAUUUUCUCCAUCUUGAUAUUUCCCGUCAGCAUUUUCAUAAGCAUCAAGAUUGUAAAGGAGUAUGAACGUGCUGUCAUAUUUAGACUGGGACGGAUAACAGCCCGAAAAGCUAAAGGACCAGGAAUCUUCUUCCUCAUUCCCUGCACGGACUCCUUCAUCAAAGUUGAUCUGAGAACUGUUUCAUUUGACAUUCCUCCCCAAGAGAUCUUGACCAAAGACUCCGUGACGGUCUCUGUUGAUGGUGUCGUGUACUUCCGUGUAAGCGACCCGAUUGCAUCUGUGGCAAACGUUAGCAAUGCCGAUUAUUCCACUCGUCUUUUGGCCCAGACCACGUUGAGGAAUGUACUGGGCACCAAGAACCUAUCCGAGGUGCUGUCUGACCGAGAAAGCAUCUCUCAUAGCAUGCAGGCGACUCUAGAUGAGGCCACAGACUCGUGGGGUAUUAAGGUGGAGCGAGUGGAGAUUAAAGAUGUCAAACUGCCACACCAGCUGCAGAGAGCCAUGGCCGCAGAGGCAGAAGCAACCCGUGAAGCCAGAGCAAAGGUGAUCGCAGCAGAGGGAGAGAUGAACGCAUCCAGGGCUCUGAAGGAGGCGUCUCUGGUGAUCUCAGAAUCUCCAUCUGGCCUUCAGUUGAGAUACCUUCAAACUCUGAGCACCAUCGCAGCCGAGAAGAACUCCACCAUCAUUUUCCCUCUGCCUAUGGACAUCAUAAGCCACUUUAUGCAUAAGAAGUGAUCGCAGGAUCGUUUUUAUGGAUUUACACAAUUUACACAUUUACCAAAAUUUGCAGUUUAAAAUAAAUCUGAUGUACCAUGUUAUGUAUACAGGUUAUAUUACAGCUUUGUAAGUGUUUAACGUAUGUCCAACAGGCUUAUAAACAAAUAUGCUGCUGUAUAUAAAUAUAAUAUAUUUCUGAACAUAACACGUCAAAUACAACAUUCAAAUGUUAACGUUACAUUCUGGUUAAAGGCUUGUGUGCAAAAUCAAAUCAAAAUCUUUGAGUUUUUAAUUUACAUUUUUAAAUGUCCAAACAAGCCACUCAGGUGAAUGAGAAUUACUAUAGAUAAGUUGUUGUUGAAAUGUUCCCUGUUGAUGAUGUCCAUGAAGUUUCAUUCACUGAGGUUGCGACAAUACAACUUUUACGUCCAUCAAAUUAAAGUUCAUUGGAGUUCUAAUGUGUCUAUUUAAAGAGCUGAUUUCAGAGGUGAAAAGUGCCUAAAUAGGAUAUUUCCAGUUUCCAUCUCACGGUGGAAGCUCAAAGAUUUCAGUGUGAUUAUCUGCACUUUCUUCUAUCAGUAUGCUGGAUUCUUCAUAUGCAUCCAGACGCAGACACAGAGUCACACUGUAGGGAAUGUUACGUUAUCUUAUGUUAAAAUAUAUGCAGAGUUGGAUAUUUAAAUAGAAUUUUACAGACAAAGCAAAAAUAACAUAAUACACUGUAAACAAAUAUUCUGAGAAGAUUUCAUGAAAUGAAUUGAGUAAACUUUACUUAAUUAAAUUGUGUUCUUGUUUCUUUAUAUUUUUUCAGUUAAAAUAAGGGAAAUAAUCUUGCAAUCCUAAUUGAUAAAGGGAAUUCAACUUAAUUUUAUCGUAUUAAACCCACUUAAACUUGUUUAAAGUAUUAAUUAUUUCAUGGUGGGAGUAGAUGAAUUCUUUUUGUUAUUGUCACUAACUGAGCAGUGGAUUUGAAGUUCCCAGCAGGCUUUGCAUGCGAUAGCAUUCGGAGAGUAAUUUUCAUGAAAAAUGCUUUACAAUAAAAUGAAUGAGUUUUGUGGUUA